CACGCUCACAGCAGCACGAUCAUGGCUCGCCCGACGGCUACAGCUACAGAAUCCCGCAGGCGGCGAUCCCGAGAGUCGGACGACGAUCUGAAGCCACCCCCGCGAAGGAAUCGCAAGCGCAACGCCGUGCCAGAGGAGGAGGACUCGAAGGAAGGGCUGUUGCAAGAGGAGGGAGGGCACGUCGAGGAAGAGCACCCCCGCCGCCUAAAACAGUCUCGCUCAAGCGAAGAUGGGUCGGGCGGAGGCGGCAGUAGCAGCAGCGGCGGCGGCGGCAGCGGCAGUGGCAGCGGCAGCGGUGUUGGUGGGCCCGGCUCGGGCUCACGGAGACGCAGCAGCGGUUUCGUCAACAUCUCGACUCAGGGCAACGAGGAGGAAGAAGACGACGACGGAGACAAUAACGAUGACGAGAGGUUCGCCUUUUCCGAGAGCCAGACUUCCGCCAGGUCGCAGAUGGUCAAGUCGGCCAAGACGCCUUCCAAGGAGGUGCAGAUCGAGGAGAAAGAUCAAAAGAAGGGCAACGAGCUCAGCGAUCUGGCGAAAAAGGACCUCAUCAAGAAGAUGAUGCGCUUCCUCCUCAUGAAAGGGCUGAAUCAUGAGCCCUUGACUAGGAAGGAGGUCAUGGACAACGUGCUCGGGGAGAAGUACCGCAAGGCCGGAGUGCUGAAGUUCAUCCUCACCAAGGCCGACGAGAAGCUGCAGCAAGGCAUGGGUUUCAAGGUCAAGACGCCGCUCCCGGACAAGCCCUGGUUCGUCAAGGACACCUUCUACGUGGUGAACGUGCUGAACAACGAGCAACACUUCAAGGAGGUCCUCAGGGGAAAGGGUCAGGCGGGGCGGGGGCUUCUGGUGUUGGUUCUAAGCGUCAUAUUCUGCAGCUCGGACAAGAGCGUGGCCGAGAACCAGCUGUUCAAGAAGCUCCACGACCACGUCGACGAGAGGGUCCCCGAGAAGGCUUGGAACGGGAGCAACCCCAAGAACAAGGUCAGGGUGCACGUCGACGGGCUCGGUGAUGUUCACGAGCACCUUGCGAUGUUCACCAAGCAGCACUACCUCCUGAAGAAGAUGGUGGACAAGCCCACCGCGGACGGGGGCACCGAAUCGAUCCCGCACUACUCCAUGGGACCUCGAUCUGUCUUGGAAAUCGGGCACCGCCAACUCGUGGAACUCAUGGCCAAGGUGAUGGGACAAUCCAUAGACCCGUCGGACUUGCUGGGCCUGGAGGAGCAAGAGUCGCAGGGCCUCAGCCAGAUGGCCACCCAGGACCAUUGAACCAAUCGCGGCUAUAAUAGCCAGCUGCCGUCGGUUUCCCGAGCUGUUUGUUUGUUGGUUCCGGUAAUAUUGUUGGUGUUGGUGAUCGUACGGGCUUGGCGUUUCGUGUGAUGCUGGCGGUUUCAUUUGUAUUUUCCAGCCGGGGGUGUACAACGAAAUGUUGAUUGACGUAGACCCCAUGCAUUGGCGUGCUGUGGCUAUUAAGUAACUUUUUGCAAUCGAGAACGGGGAUUCGUCGGAGGAGAGUCAACCACUUUCAGGCAGCAGUGCCGGGACAAGUCUUGCUGCAACACGAGAAACAUUGUGGUGACUAGCGGGAGCUUCGGUUACGUGGCGUGUUUGGCGCUGUCGUUUUCUGUAUUAGUUAAAAAGUUUAGGGUGGGCCUCUGUUUGAAGGUGCCCGUUGCGAUGUGUUAAAUUAGGGAUAGUUUAGUUGCCUGCGGGUCGUUCCAUGUCGCCAGGGAGUAAAUUAUUUCUACCGCGGCUUUGGAGGGGGGGGAGGGAGCACGCGACCGUCGGGAACCUCGCCCGAAAUUGCAUGGUAGCAUUGUAUGCAAUAGAGGUAUAUAGGACUAAGAACUGGUCGGCAAAAAGCUGCAGAGACUUGGGCAAGUGAAAUGGACUCCUCCUUGCAUAUGAGAAGAUGCUCCGAGCGGCUAGGCCUGUUGCGCGUGAGCGUGCUCGAAAACAAACGACGGAAAGGGGGAGGGCUUGCAGCAAUGGAUGGCUCUAGUUCGUCGCAUUAGGGUUGCCGUGGAUUGCGACGAUUUUCGGUCUUAGUUUUUGCUUAUUUUUGUCUGCUGCUGUCAAGACGGACACAUUCAGAAGGGAAGCGGGACAUAACCGCACAAGAAAAAACCGGAGGCAGUAUUUUUUGUUGUGGCAGACAGUGUCAACGCAUGGGAGUCAUUAGACAUACGACGAAAAUGGAAGUGAAAGCAAGGGGAAAGGGUGUGUGCGAAGAGGUCCUCGUAAACGCUCGCACUGCUCCUGAAUUUUUUUGUUCCAAGUAUUAUUUUGCGCCAUCCGUGUCCCAGGCGUUUCUUCGGCCUGAAAGCAGACCAAUCUGUGGAAAACGGCGAAGAGAGAGUGUGCUUGUUCGUAUGUAUGGACUCCUUUGAUUUCCCCAAUUGCAAGUUGGGUCUUCUGCCGCGGUUAACAAAUAAAACG